AUGGCACAUAUGAAGAGGCCUCUCUCCAGCUGUGUGCCCGGACCUCCAGCAGACAUCAAGGCGCUGGCGAACUCGGAGGACACGGUGAUCGUGAGCUGGCUACCUCCCACACAGAAGAAUGGAAAGAUCAAGCACUACACCGUCUACAGCCGGCCACAGAGAACGGGCGCGCACUCGCAGCAGAUAGUGCUCCACAAAGACGACUCAGCGGAGUACUGGGCCGAGGUGCGGGGCCUGCGCGAGCACCAGCUCUACGACUUCUGGGUGACGGCGGCGACCGCCAGCGGGGAGGGCGACAUGAGCGCAGUGGUGGCGAGGAAACCUAAUGCUAGGGCGCCAGCAAAGAUCACCUCCUUCGGGCGGCGCACGCUGGCGGCGGCGGGGGCGCCGGUGCGGCUGCGCUGCGGGGCGGCCGGCGCGCCCCCCCCAGUGCGCUCGUGGGGGCGCCGACGCCCCGCGCCCCCGCUGCUGGCUGAUCCGCGCUUUGUUGUGGAGGGAGUUGACUUGGUUAUACUCAAGCUGGACCGCUCCCUGUCUGACAACUACUCGUGCGUGGUGCGCAACUCGUGGGGCGAGGAGCGCGCGUGGUGGGAGGUGGUGGCGCUGCUGCGGCCCGGCCCCGUGCGCGCUAGGGUGGCCCCCGCCGCCGCAACAAGACUGCUGGUGGAAUGGGAGGCCCCGUAUGACGGGGGUGCUGCUAUCUUGGGCUACACAGUCCAGUACCUCCGCGAAGGCCAUUCGCACUGGUCGGCGGCGGCGGCGGCGGGCGACGCGCGCACGCUCACGCUACAGCGGCUGGCGUGCGGCGCGCGCUACCGCCUGCGCGUCAGGGCUAACAACGCCGUGGGUAAUGGCGAGCUGGGAGAGGAGCUGGUUGCUAACACUAAGGGUGGACCAUCAAAAGCGGCUCCAGAGAAGGACCUAAUAUCCACCAACAACACCUGCGUCCGACUGAACCUCCUCACCUGGGAGAGCAACGGCUGCCCGGUCAGCUCGUUCCAGGUCUCCCUCCGCGAGUUCGAGGACUCCGCCUGGAGGUCACUGACCGUGCCCGCGCUGACGCAGCCCGUGACCGUGUGUGACCUGGCGCCCGGGACGUGGUUCCAUCUGAAGGUGGUGGCGACAAGCACGGCUGGGACGACUGUUGGAGCGUAUUAUUUUGCAACGCUUACGGAUGCUGGAGAGCGCAUCCCAGCACCAGCCGUGUUCCCGCCGGCGGAGGGCGGCGUGGGCGGCGCCCCGCUGCUGGGCGCCGCCGCCGCGCUGGCCGCCCUCGCCGCCCUGCUGCUGCUCGCUGCUGUGGCCUGGAGGCGUAGCAACACAACAAAGUGCUUCCGUAAAGGGUACCAGCAGGGCGAGAUCUCGGAAGAAGAAGACAAGUCGAUAGAGAAGAGAGACAACCACCGCAACUGUCAGCAAGUGUACACCUCCUCGCCCAUCAAACAUCCCGCCUCGAAGAAGGACCAACAAGAAAUGUACGAGAUAAGUCCGUACGCGACAUUCAGCAUGUCUGGCGGCGCGAGCGGCGAGGGCGCGGAGAGCGGCGCGGGGGCGGGGGCGGGGGUCGCGGGGGGCACGCUGCGCACGUUCGCCCGCGAGGACGCGCUGCUCGCCGCCGCCCCCUCGCGCCCCUCGCUGCACUCGCAUAAGCAUAGCUCCUUUAGUAAUGCUGACGAGUACACUCUGUCGCGCGCGAUGACGCUGCUGGUGCGGCGCUCCGAGUCGGACUCGGACAGCAGCGCGUCACCACCGCCGUGCGCCGAGUGCAGCUCGUACCGCGUCCCCCCCGGCAGCGGCAAGGGCGAGGUGUUCCGUCCGCUGACGGACUCGUCCGCCGAGUCGGCCGGCGACGCGCGGUCCCUCGCCGCCCGCGCAGACAAGGCGCGCCGCCGCCCGCGCCGCCACCACACGCCCACCAGCUCCAGAUAUCAACAGCGACAGGAACAGGAAAGGCGGGAUUUUACAAUACAUGUAUGAAGACAAGACAAUAAAGACUGCUAAAAGCAAAUUAAUAAGGUUACGGUACCUAUACGAUAGCAAAUUUAGAUAAUAUUCGAUUUAAGAAAUAAACAAAGUUAGAUAAUGUGUACGAAUCUAAAUAAAUUUUAUGUAAAUAUACUUACUAAUAAUAAUUUAUGAAUUUUGUAUGUACUAAAAUGUGGCCUAGGUAUUGCAUUUGGAGUUUUAAAUGACGUUUCGAAAGUAUGCUUAGGUUUUUACAAAAUUUUAUAUUCGGUGGAAAAUUAUUAAGUAGGUAAGUUUAAAAUUAAUACCACGUUACAUUUACGGAACAAUCGUUUAAUUCCCACAAUAUUGCACGAUCAGUAGUCUAUAGAUUAUUGAUUAUUUACAGAAAUAAAUGAUUAAAGUAUUAAUAAAAAAUAAACUUACAAACACUUUAGCCAUAGAUCUGAGUAGAGCCAUUCAUACUGUAAUAUUAAGUACCUACAUAAUUAAAUUACUAUUGUGUGUUCCAUACCCUAUACAAACCCAUAUUCUUAUUAUGAAAAUAAUAUACACAACUACAAAUUAUUAUACCAGUAUUAGUUUCAAAUGAACACGGUUGGUACCUACAUUAUAUUAAUUUAAUCCAUAAUCUAGAAAUUACUAUUAUAGGUACGACCUAAUUAUUAUUAUCUGUAUAAUAAGUACCUGCCUAUGACUUUUCAUAGAGUAACUUACUUAUGGGACUUUUUAUUAGUUUACUCUUGUGAUCUUGCAAUGAAUAACUGAACAUUACCUACCUAGCUGCCAAAACCUAAUCCUAAGAAAUGUAAUGUUAUGAAAGCGUUAUUUUCAAGAAACUUAUCACUGCCUUUAAUUUUGUUACGUGUAAAUAAAUAAACGAAUAAAGAUGAACGUUGACUAUAAAAUAUAA